AGUAAAAGUAAAAGAAAAAUGGGACUUAAUAUAUUCAUUAAAGAAUGUUACUGAUGGUAUGUGUGAUGUUUCACGUCGAGUUAUUCCUUACGGUAUUGCCUAUCAUCAUGGUGGUUGGACUAUGGAUGAAAGAAAGUUAAUUGAAGAAGCCUACGCUCGAGGAACCCUUUGUGUUUUGACAUGUACAUCAACAUUGGCUGCGGGGGUCAAUUUGCCUGCAAAGAGGCAACCGAUAAGAAAAUCCUCUUUAACGAUCCUGAUCAUCUUAGCGUUCUGGUGCAAGAAGUCAUUCCAAAUUAUUCCUGUUUGUUAUUAUGUCCUACUAAACAAAACUGUGAAAAUGUUGCCAAGCUACUGGCAUCAUCUCUGUCAAGAGAAUUGAAGAAAGUAAAAGUAAAAGAAAAAUGGGACUUAAUAUAUUCAUUAAAGAAUGUUACUGAUGGUAUGUGUGAUGUUUCACGUCGAGUUAUUCCUUACGGUAUUGCCUAUCAUCAUGGUGGUUGGACUAUGGAUGAAAGAAAGUUAAUUGAAGAAGCCUACGCUCGAGGAACUCUUUGUGUUUUGACAUGUACAUCAACAUUGGCUGCGGGGGUCAAUUUGCCUGCAAAGAGGUUAGGAAUUACAAACGCUUUCUUUUGUUAGAGCGAAAAGUAAAGAUAAGUUAUUAUUUUGAUUAGUUUUAUUUUGUUAGUAAAGAUAAGAUAAGAUAAGUUAAGAUAAGAUAAGGUAUAA